GAUACUUUGUUCCUCGGACGACCUGUGCAGGUUUUUACGGACGAUAUUUUAGAAAUGCAACUGGAAUCGCUUCGCUGUGAAUGGAAUGGGGAGGGGAGCUAUGAUUAUUGACUUGCUGGGUUCCAUAAUCUAGCAAAGCAAGCUACGCUGCUACGCCGCCUCACGCUAGGCUCUCCACUCGCUCGGAGACAUCUUUGUUCAACGAAAAUCGGGCUCCAAUGAAUGUUUUGUUUUGUUUUUUCUCCAAAUAUUAGUGCGAAUUACUAAUUAUUGGUGCUUGCGGGUAUUGAAACUCGAUAAAUAGGCUUUCGCACGUGGGAAUUGUGACCUUGACUUCGCGUCUUCGUGAGUAAUCCUCGAAAUAUCUUUUAGUGAUCCGGGUAAAGUUUAGUGAGAAAUCUGUGUGUAAUAAUGUUACGUUCAUGGCAAUCUCCGGUCCAUCAUCAUGAAGAUGCCAAAUACACGGGUAGUCAUCAGUAAGCUGCGUGUGUCAUUUCCUUCAGUUUCGCGUAAAUAAUGCAUUAUCUGCGCUGAAAUAAUGUUUGCUUACCUCAUUCCACCGUGUUUUCUGCCAUUCUGACGAGGUUAGCUUCUUUUUAUUGUUGUGUGCUAAUAAAAUCAGUGAGUGCCAAGUUCCUAUUAUGUGGAUUAAGUGAAUUGUUUCAAAUGGAUUACCUUGCAUCGAAAAAUGGAUAACACCCUCCUUAGUAACUGAGGAGGUGGCGGAACGAGGGUUGGGCUGGACUGGGGCCGGGGGGCCAGGUGAGCCAUGGAGAAAGAGUCCGGCGACGCCUCCAAGUCGCCCGCCGACGCCGCCGCCGCUGCUGCCUGCCUCGCCAACGCUGGAGCCUUGUUCAGUGGGUUGCAGCAGUAUGACCCACGACUGCUUCACGCAGCCAGUUCAAUGAUGAGUGGUCAACGAAUGGGUUCCUCUCACUCGCCUCUCAACGCGAUGGGCCUCAACUCAGCUGCCAGUGCCACCUGGUGGUCGAUGGCUUCUCACCUUGCAGCCCAAGAUUAUUUGGCGCGGCUUCAAGCCUCUGGACUUUCCUUUCCUGGCAUGGCGGGCGGUCCUGAUGGCGUUCUUCCUCCUAGUUUUCCAAUUUUAUCACAGCAACAUACGGGUAGGCGAAGUUCCAGUGCAAAGUCAAAAAUACCUGAAGCGCCCAAUCGGGAAUCUUUUGUUUUAAGUGAAUCUGUUAGUUCUAGUAUAUUAGGCGGAGUCAGACUCCCGCCAGACACUGAAAUAAUUAAGUAUACCUCAUCAAUAGUUGGUCCCAAAAUCCCCGGGACAACGAAUAGGGGCCGGAAAAAGACAAUUUCAUUAGACCCUCCCUCUGUGAGUUUAUUAGCAACGCAUGCUGCAACAGGCCUACCCAUCGAACACUCUCCUACUGCUCUUCUGACGGAUCGGAAUAUGAUGAGCAACGGAGGAUGCAGCUCAAUGCAAGACUCAGAUGCACCACUCAACCUCUCUCUAAAGCCAAAUUCUUCUUCUUCCUCAUCAUCCUCUAAUUCAUCUUUUCCGAAAUCAUCCUCGCCUAACAACUUAGCGCCUUUAGACUUCAGCUCACAUUCUUCCUCCUCAUCUUCAUCGAGAAUUUCGAGGCGAAAGCCAGGGCCUAAACCAAGGCGACUGAUGCCACCUGCACCUUCCUAUCCUGUCCCACCAUCUGACCCUUCUAGGUUGUCUCCAUAUUACGGUACUGAUGAUGAAAGUACACAUCACAAAGAUGGACGACCACGUAAUCUAGGACGAGGGAUUUCCAAACCUAAGAAAAAUACUGUAGCCUCUUUGCUGGCUCAAAGCCGAGCAUUAGGACUAGCUGGUGAUUUAGACCUCUCAAAGUAUUCUUCAUUGAAAGCAAAUAUUUUGCAACAACAACUAGAAGCGCUAACUGAAAGAGCCAAAGCUGAAGAAAGGCACGAGAAGAAAACCUUAUCUGUUCCUAACGUACCCAAAACCUCUGAAAGCAGUCACAUUUUGAACUUCAGUUCUUCGCAGCACCUAGAAGGCACUGGACAGAGUGAAGAGAGUGGGAGCGCUGCAGACACAACAGAUAGCUCUGCACCUGAAACUGACUACGAGCAUCAAAAUGGUGGAGCCAAAAGACGAAGAGUAGACUCUGAACUUCACAUUCCUUUACAAAGAGGGUGGCGAAGGGAUACUUUUAUUAGUGCUUUCACAUCCUCAGGUGACCUCAACGGAGAUGUAGCCUAUACGUCACCCUGCGAGACAACCUUUACCAGGAUGCAAGAAUUAUUAUUGUACUUAAAAGAGAAAAACAUAACCGACUUAAAUGCUAGCAAUUUUUCGUUCAAUCCUCGUGCACUGGUUGGUGAGUUUCAUCAGGCAGAUGUCAAUGGAGGGUUCCUCAAGCUCUCUAAGCAAGAUAUCAAAAAUAAAAUAGCUGCUUUAAAAGCAAUGUCCACCAAGCCUCCAAUAGAACAAAGGAUUGAGGCAGAACCAGUAUCAGCCAAACUCCCAUCUGAGACCUCAGCCAUCGCAAUGUUGAAAAGCAUGAAAUUACCAACUGAUAGAAAAAGAGAUUCAAACAGUAUGAAGGAACCAACACCAUCCGUUUCCCUCUCCGUCUCUGUUACGCCAUCUCCUGUGUCCACUGCUUCAACAACAGUCGUACCACCUGUUUCCGUAACCAUGACAACCUCCGGCUCCUCGUCUCCGGGACUGAGCCCCGCUGAAAAGCAAAAGAAGAAAGAAAAACGUGAGCAGCAGUUCAUGGAGAUGUACAUCCAUGAAUUGAACAAACAAAGAGAAAUGUUGUACACUGUUGAGGUGGAAAGAGAGCGAAGGAGGCAGCAUAUGGCUCUAGUGAAAGCUUUGGAAAUAAGGAAACGCUAUGAAGAGCGGGAAAAGAAACGGCUGGAAGUUCAAGCUGAGAAAAUAGCGUCCCGCGAAAAGAGGAUUGAAGAAAGGCGGCUUGAAAUUGGCUUGCUGUAUCAGAUCAGGAAACCUACUGAAGAUAUGGAAAUUACAGAUUCAAAACCAUUGCCUACCCUAGAACGCAUUCCUGGUCUGCAAUUGAGUGGCCAAACUUUUGGAGAACUUCUCAUGGUCCAUGAAUUCCUGAAUAACUUCGGUGAAACACUCGGGUUUGACAUGGAAAGCUUACCAACACUUAGCAGUCUUCAGUUAGCCUUACUGGGAGACGAAGAAGCAGAAGAAGAACUUCUAUCAGUUAUGACCCACCUCAUUAUCUGUGCCAUCGAAGAUCCUGGCAUUCCCAACCCAGCCAGGCAUACUACUUUGCUGGGUCAGUCUUUGAAACAAGCCGACAUUACGCACCACAACAUCAGCGAAAUCCUCCGAGUGUAUCUUUAUGCCAAUGCGACCGGUGAAGUUAAAUGUCUAACAGGGGUUUGUUUCGAAAGAGAAAGAGAGAAGAGGGUCUCAGAUCACUUGAACAACCUAGAGGACACUAAUGGAUCGCAGUACUCAGCCAGUAAAAAUGCAGCAUUUUUCGAAGCCCUGUACGAAAAUCCAACAUUCAAAAUGUCCGAGUGGCUGAAAACAAAAUCGUUUGUAGCGCUAAGUCCGGAUCAGAAAGCACAGAUUCUGGCCUGUCUUUGCCAUGAGUUGCUCCAAAACAAAGCAGUCAACAAGCAGAUAGAUAAUUCAAUGGAAGAAGUAGCGCAGCACAAGAGAGAUCGAUGGGCAACGGACACCAAAAUUCGAAAAUUGAAGCAAGCUAUUGGUCGAAAACUUCGUGCUGGCACCAUGUUACCUGGGCCAGAGACGCCUGGAACUGAGCCAGCCGCGGAUGAUGAAGAAGAAGAAGAAGAAGCUGCUGACAGUGAUGUUGGCAGCGAAGGCACUCAACCUGAAGAGGAGGAAGACAAGAAACUCUCAGUUGAUGAACUAAAUCGGAAACUAGAAAAAUUAAUCAAGCAGUCUGAACAAAAUAUGCAGUCAUUGAGUGAAGCAGCCGGCCAACUUCGUGCCACGUGUUUUGGUGAGGACCGAUACUACAGAAGGUAUUGGACUCUCCCAGCUGCUGGCGGAAUUUACGUCGAAGCAAUGGAGUCUGCUGAACCUGAAAUUUAUCAACAAAUGAAGGAACUAGAAAAAGAGGAAGAAACCACCAUUCCUGAAAAUGAUGCCGAAGAUUCUCAAGACACGUCAGAGCCUCCACAACCAAUACUAGAAAAAGUUAACGACCUGAAAGACGAAAAAUCAGAGGAGUCAUCGGCUGCCAAUGAGAAUGAUGACAUGGAGCCACCAGUAUUGGUCAAGGAAGAAGAUGUAGUCGUGAAACCAGAGUGCGACUCGGAAAUCCCACCUCUAGUCAACUGUGCCGACCCGGACGCUCUCAAGUUGGAGGUGAAGACGGAAGUUGAACAAUCGGAGACCACUAUCAAGGAGGAAACGAAAGCUGAGCCAAUGGAAACAGACUCAACAGAGGUCAAACAAGAGGAGAAAAUGGAAGUGGAUGAGGUGAAGGAGGAAGUUAAAGAGGAAGUAAAAGAGGAAGUAAAGGAGGAAGUAAAGGAGGAAGUGAAAGAAGAGGUGAAGGUGGAGUCUGAUAGCAAAAGCGAUGUUGAGAAAGCAGAGGAUAAGCUAGAGACUCUAUCUAACAGUUCUUUUUCAAGUUCUGCAACAGAUCAAGCUCAAAGUAAUCAAACUACUGUAGAAACACCAUCAGAUUUUGGAUGGUUUACAAUAAUGCCCAAAGAACCCUGUGAUCUUUCUUCUGUGACGACAUCAUCGCCCGGUCUCAGGUAUGGAGAAGGUUGUACAGAGUUGCGCAUUCCAGUUUUCCCACCUCCUGCUUCAUCGCCAGGUCCCCCAGACUCACCAACGCCUCUGAUGUUGACGCCAGACGAAGCUGCUCAGCUAGCCUACAUGAAAGAACAUGGUGCUCCCAAGAAGUCGGUCCGAAAAUCUAUACCUAAAGAAUACCAAGAAGGUUGGUGGAGAAUAUCUGAUGUGAAACAACUGUCAGAGUUGGUGCAAUGUCUCCAUCCACGUGGCAUUCGCGAAAGGGAACUGAAACGAUUUAUAACUUGGCCAAGUAUAGACCAAGCAUGGGAUACAACUCUAAAGUCAUGUAAUAAAUUAGCCAAUGGACUAGCGAAACUGAGCGAUGACAUUGCUGCAGACGAAGCGACGCGAUGUGAAGACAUUGCCCUCCGAGUAGACCUGGGUGUGCUCCAACAGGUUGAGAUCCUUGAAGAGAAAGUAGCCAGCUCAAGCAUGCAGGUGAAAGGCUGGAAAUGCCCUAAUCGGGUCAGUGGCGAUGGCCGCAACUGGGCCCCAGCGUACUUAGCUAAAGACCCUGAGUUCAACCCUGUCGCACAAGCAAAAGAAAGACUUGCUUCGGUGGAGUCGGCUAUUGAACGAAGGUAUCUGAAGCCGCCAUUAGGUGUCAGCACUGGCGAAGUGAACCAUCUGCAGAACUUACAGGAAACGCUCUCGCCCACAGACUUUGACAAUAUCCCAAAAGGACUUGUUACAUGGCGGGAGGCAGUGCAAAAAGCACAAACAGCAGCUCAAGUCUCAAUGGCGCUACACAUGCUCGAGGCAUCGAUCGCGUGGGAUAGAAGCAUCAUGAAAGCGAAUUGUCAAUUUUGUCACAGCGGCGACUGUGAGGAUAAAUUGCUGCUGUGCGAUGGCUGUGAUAAAGGCUAUCAUACCUAUUGCUUCAAGCCUAAAAUGGAGAAAAUACCUGAGGGUGAUUGGUUCUGUUUUGAGUGUUUAAAUAAAGCAACUGGUGAAAGAAAUUGUAUAGUUUGUGGUAAGAAGUUCGGACGGAACUUAAUUUUCUGUGAUCAGUGUCCUCGGGCAUACCAUAGUGACUGCUUGCAGCCACCUUUAGUGAAGAUUCCUCGUAGCAAAUGGUCUUGUUUUAAUUGUCAAUCAAAAUCGCCAAAAAAACGCAGUAUCCGUAAGUCUAAUACUACUAGUACUCCUGUAACUCCUGCGGCCAUCUCCAAUGGUCGUCCCAGCACUGAUACUCCUCCAAAAGCAGCGACGCCGAUUAGUGUCCCAGUCACGCCUUCAGAAGGAAGUGUAGAAGAGCAGCCCCCAUGUAAGAAACCGGUUGAGGAGCCCGACACUGUAGCAUCACCUGAGCAAAAUUCGGAACCUGUGCAAGCCCCCAGUGUAGAAGAUAAUAAGCCGAACAAAAAGGUUUUAAAAGAACUAGCAGCUUGCAAGCAAUUGCUGGAAGAAAUGGAAGCUCACGAUGAAGCAUGGCCGUUCCUUCUUCCAGUGAACACAAAGCAAUUCCCUACUUAUAAGAAAGUGAUUAAAUCACCAAUGGAUCUCAGUUAUAUAAAGAAGAAGCUUCAGGAAUCAGGGUACAAAUCAAAGACAGAGUUUUGCAACGAUGUUCGUUUAAUAUUCAACAACUGCGAGACUUUUAACGAAGACGACAGUCCUGUGGGCAAAGCAGGGCAUGGAAUGCGCAUGUUCUUCGAGAGCCGCUGGGCAGAAAUCUGCAAUCCAAAAUCCUCAUAAAGAUGUGUGACUAUUCUAUUCUGAGGUGUUGUUUAUGUAACUUCCAAAUCAAUCUGAAGCAUUACAUCGGUAACGGAUAAGUGAAGAAACUGAUCAUAUUCUCCUCUUUAUUGUAACUGAUCCUUUCCUUCCGAUGAAGUAUUUUAUCGGUUUUUGUAUGUGUGCAGGUUAGUGCUCUUGUAAAUUAUUACUGUACUUACUACUUUAGACUUGCUGUUUGUUACUUUUAAAGGAGUCAGUUAGACAAAAAUGUUUACUUUUAGUCUUCAAAUUCUCUCUGUUUGUUCUCUUUGCCAGUUUUGUCAACUUAGGAAGGGAUUUUUCCUUAUUGCUAGAGCAAUGAAAUCACUUAGAAUAUUAUUUCUUGGUCUACUUGCUAGGCACCUUAACAAUGUAACUGAAAUCAGUCAAAAUUUGAGCUGCUAAUUUGCUCUGAAUGCUUCGUAUACCUAUUAUCACUUUGUCAGUUUGUUUGACUCCCAACUUUAAAUGAACGACUACAGUCAAAUUUUAAAGUCGCUUUGACAGCAUAAUUCUGAUCCGAUCAAUAUCAGAAAUUUUUUCUUUGAUCCACAAUUCAUUAAAUCAAAUGGAGCUCUGCGUGUUUUUAUUUGAAUUAUUAUUUAUUUUUGUUUUUUCAUUGCUCUUUUGUCCGAAGACAAGUUUUGAAUUUAAAUUUUCUGAUUUUGUUUCCGAUUACACUCUUCCAUAAUAUUCACUGUUCAGCGCAAGCGUCAAAAGAUAAGGGGAAGGCUACUAAUUAUUUUUUAUCUCAUAACACCCAUUUUUAUUUUUUUCCUCUCCAAGUUCAGUGUACACAAUUCUAUUAUCUUUUUUCAUGUUCCAUAUUUUUCAAUUUUGGACCUCUUCUGCACAACUUUAUCUCAGGUUAAGGAGGAAAAACUAUGUUUUUUUUUUGUUUGCUUAAUGUCAUAAAUAUAUCUGCAUCACAAAGAUGAAAUUUGAUGCGCACAAAAAGUCUCACAACUGAAACGAAUUUAUGUUCAACAACGCUAACUCAGAUAUGUGCUUCUCCGUUCAGUGAUAUAAGAAAAAAAAGGUGAACAUCAAUAAGCAUCACUAUUGAACAGAUGUAAACCACUGCCAUACUUGUAACAGGGCGUCAUUUCUCAGGCAAAUCCUUGAAUUCUAGUACUUAGCAUAUCUUACGGAUCACAUUUACUCAGUAGGUGGUUUCGGCAGAACGCAAGGAAGACUCUAAAGUCACCAAAAUUAGUAUAAUUGCUCCCCACGUAUACUUCUAAUUUGAGAAUCAAAGGUUUAACCAGAGCAGGAAACUGAAAAUAGCAUAUUUUCUUAAAUAUUUCAAAUUCAAGAAAAAUGGCUUAUUUUAAGUAAAUUAGUACCUUUUUUUUUAGUUCUCAAAAUGGUUUUAUUAUUUUUCUAAUGUUAUCUCAGCUGAGUGUACAGCAGAAGUUCCUAUUUGCGCCUCCAUUCUCUGAAAAGCCUAGCAACUUGUAUAGGAACUUGAAGUCUCUUUAAAUACCAAUAGGAAAAGCAGAAAGCGUAAAAGUAUUGGUAUAAAAUUCCUAAAAGAAAUGCUCCUUCAGGUGAACGAGAAAAUUCUUUCCUAUCUGUUCAGGCUCAAACUUAUAGUUUUUAUAGGUUCUGCCCUCUACUCUGUUUAAUAAUCCUCACAAAGUCAUAUCCAGGAAUUAAAGUUUUUGAAGCAAGUAGGCUUUAGCUGAGAAUCAGUAAUUUUUUCCUGGUAUUUCUGAGGCACUUUUCUGAUUGAUCUUACCCAUACCGAAUUUUACAUGUACAAGCUUUGGUAACUUAUCUUGAUUACCAACACAAACUCUCUAUCUCUCAAAUUCCUCAUGCCUGUGUUGCACGGUUUUGCUUUUUUUUAUCAUAGGUUUUUUUUCUUCCUUUUCCCCUUAGGCUAUCUGCAGCGUGAUGGUUGAAAUUUUGUGUUUGUCGACCGGACGAAACGAGUCUGAGAAGGAAUGAAGUUAUGUGAUAGGUCAGCUUUGUCACUCAUCCUCUUUAUCGUGCCCAUUUCGGACAGCAUUGAUGAGAAGCUAAAGUUUCCUCUUCAGUUUCCAAUACUUUAUUGUCAGAUCCCAUCGAUAUUGGCGUGAUAAAGAGGACUGAUGAAUUAGAUCAAUCACAAAACUUUAUUCCAAAACUUACAAAAUUUCAACAAUCAGGCUUCAGGUUGGUUUCAGAUGUCAUCCAGAUAUUAUCUACUUAAUAUGUUUUCCUUUUAUUAGUAAGAGGAUCAACUGAUAAUUGAUUGUUGACAAUUGUUAUUAUGACUAAUCUGCCGUAACAGGCAGAAAAAUUAGCAUUUCCAUCCUCUCAUUCAGUUUUUGGAAUCACUUGCGUUUUCUUCGCCUAGGCCAUCUAAGAACUGAUUUUACCGACUCAUCUUGCCUCCUUGAUUUGGUGUAUUAAUUCUAUGCUAUUGAGUUCUCACUAUGAAACCAAGAUAAGCACUAAAGAACCAACUGAAAUUUUUUUAACAAAUUGUGUCAGGAUUUACUUAAAUUGCAAGGUAGCAGAUGGGAAUUGUGUUUUUGAUCCUGUCAUGCAUUAAGCCCAAAAUUGAAUCCGGCAAACUAGCAUCUUGGGGAGGACUGAAAUUUUAGGCUUCUCUUUUCUGUGAUGAACCCAGUGUGGGUUGACCUCUUUUUUUGUAAACCAUGGUUUCCCAUUCUUGGGGACAUUAAAGACAGAAAGCUCUCAUAAAAAAUGCAAUUACUUGUGUAAGUUCCGCCCAAAAAUUCCAUCUAUUAAAAAGUAAAACAUAUUAUCUGCGGAGGAACUCGGAGAUGGAAUUGUUAAUUUUUUAUUCCUGUCAAUUUUUACGAUUGUUCCCUUUUCCUUUUCUUACUUUAUUUUAUUGUACCGUUGCUAUAUUUUUUAUUUGAUUGAUUUGUUAACCUAGUACCUCUUAGUUCAAUUGGAGUAUACUACAGACAUACAUAAAUGGUUUGACCCACUGACAUGAAGCUUUAUUAUCCGUGAUUUUCCAUUUUUAUCUUUAUUUAGCUUUAAUAUUCCCUUUUUUAGUGAUGUAUUGAUCAAACCUGCUCAUCAAACAGGAUCAAGCAGACUUUUUCUUGUUUGUGUAAUUUCGGCAGUAUCCUAGUAUCUUUAAAACUGCUGUUCAAGUUCCUUUGAUUGUUUAAGGAAUGGUCUUGACAAAGCUCAGAAUUAGGCGGUUAUUCUCAUUUGUACGCUAUAGCCGUUCCUCUUUGGUAGCCUAAUAGAAUUUUUAGUUUUAUCUGAAAGAUAUCUCGCAAGCUAAUGGAAAAGAAAAAUUGAAUGCAAUCUGUUAUCACAGGUUUAAACAUAUUCUUGCCCAAAGUGAAAAUGGAAAACAGUUAUAUGAAUCUGUAGAAACAGUGAGCUUUUUGGUGAAUUUCUGUCUCAAUGAUUUUUAUGUUUACUCUGACGGAAUAGCAAUCAUUUUCUAAAAAUAUUAAAUUAAAAAAAAAAAUAAAUAAAUAAAAAUAACAUGGGCUUCAUCAUGUUUUUGAUCCUGUUGAAGUAUAUUUAUCAAUGUCACAAAAAUAAAUAAAAUGGGUCAAGUAACAAAAAUAUAGUUGAAGAGUUUGGAUAUUGAAAUCGAAUUUAACCCUGUUACAGAAAGAAUUUUGGUUUUAUUUUCUUUUUACGAACGAGACUAAUUUUUGUAUUUGUAAAGGCAUCAAGACUGGAAAGUCAUGAAAUGUUUUCAUAGCUGCCAUUGAAAAAUUCAAUGGAGUUUCUAUUCCUAUUUCUGCUGGAAUGGAAGGAACAUGUUAAAUACCAUGAGAUAACUUUUCUUCAGAGUAAUGCAGAUUGUUCACACCUGCCUGACUUUUUGUCACUUCGCUGAUAUAUCAAGAUCUCCAACACCAGAGCUAAAAAUAAGGUUGAAAAUCUCCAGAAAAGUAUUCCUAGAAAAUAUUUCAAAACAAAAAAGACAGUCGGCUCAGCACUAUCACUCUGAAAUAUUGUUUCUCCUCCUAUUUAUUUAUCUUAGUCAAAUCAAGUUUAGGACUUCAAUUCUGGUGUUUUAAAGUCUGAUAUAGCCAUCAGAUUUUGAAAAGACAGGCAACCUCAACUCGAAAAGGGUAAAGUAUUUUUUGAAGAAAGUUCAUUUAAUGAAGCACUUAAACCGUGUUUUUAAAAUCUUUUGCUCUCUUACGUCAGCUUUAACUAAAACUCUCUUGCACGUUAUUUAAUUAAUUAUGAAUUAUCAAGGCACCGUUGUAAACACUAUGAAAACUGUCACAAGUUUCAGGAAGAAACUCAGAAGUUUCUUCUCAUUUUGACUUGUAAUUGCUUUUUGCUGAAGGAUUGUCAAAGAUCUAGAUGCUUGGCAGAGAACCCAAUUAAUUACCCAAGCUGCAUGUCUAAGAUUUCAUAUAUUAUCCAUAAGUAGAGGAUAAUUCUAAAAACUGCUUUUGUAUUCUGAAAGUCCUAAAUUUUUAAUCAAGAUCACAGAUCUCAAGUAUAAGUCUAAUAUCAACUUCCGUUUUCUCCUCAUUGUCUCUUAAAAUUUGGGAAUUCCCCUUCAAAAUUUAUCUAGAUUCACCCUCCCUGUACGAACAAUGUUUUUACCGUAAUAGUUGCAGCAUUUAGCCUGACCCCAAGAAAAUAGGACGAUUUCAAUCAAAAUAGUUUUAAGAACUGUGUCAAAAGUUGUAACUGCUAUGCUUUGAGUAAAGUUCCACUUCUGUUGAAGUCUCAGAACCUUAAGGCAUUUUUUCCGUUGCUAAUUAUCGAAAUUUUGUCCCAAUUACUCCUCUUAUUUGUUCUUGUCGGUGCCACAAUUGCAAGUGCCAAGGAUCAAGACUUAACCCUUGCAUGAUGUGUAAAUUGCUUUAGUUUGGGGUAUUUUCAAGUUUGUAUUUAUUAUUUUGUACGUUGUGCCGGUAUUUUUGUAAAGAUUUCAAAUCUAAUUUAUUUAAUUUAUUAUUUUUUUGUUUGUAUUAAUUUAAAUAUAGGGUCCCGAGGUAAAACUUGAGGGGCAAUUGAACAUAAAUUAUCUGGGCCAUUCAUUUUCGAGGAGUCCCUUUGGCACAUUAGCAAUUCAAUUAUAACAGCAACUCAUCAUCUAGUACUUUUCUUAAGUGUCUUUUCACUAAUUUCAAUUUGAGAAGUGCUCCAGUUUAUAUCUGCUCCUAUGAAUAAAUUUACUGGUACAGGUAUAUAUUCUAUGUUGCUACUAUAAUAAUACACCCUGAAAAUUUUUAGAAAGCGGACGCGUAAGAGAUCUGAAUUCAAACAGGCCCAGAUUGUUGGUUCAUAGUUGUAGUCAUUUUUUCAUCAGAACUGAUCUAAAAUCUUUUGAAGUGAUAAUGUCUACAAUUGAUAAAUUUAGAGUGAAAUUUUUCUGCAGUAUUCCACUAUUACCCCUCUGCUCUUUUUGCUCCUAACUUUCUUCUGUACGUUAUUUUGAGCAUAUGAUAAUGUAUUGUGAUCACUAUAAUUUUGUAUUGAUUUUGUAAAUAGUUGCUUUCUUUUUUAUCUCAUCACUAUUUUCUGAGUGAGAUUUUUAGAACAAAUCGGCAGUCUAUUGUGCUGAAAUUCUUUGUCUUAAUGGAGCAAUUGUGAUAAAACAGGAGUUGAAUUUGUUUUGUGAGCCCCACACAUAAGAUAUGUGUUUAUUAAUUUCGCAGGUGAAAUCAUUUUGGCUUUUGAGUAAAUUUCUUAAAGUUCUCAAAUUUAGGAUAGAUUACUGUGUAAGUGAAAGUACGCAAAUUAUUUCCCUCGCAAGAAAUGUCUCUCCCACUAACCCCUUCCUGAUUCUUUUCUUGCUUUCUGUUUCCUCAUCUACAAGUUUUUCCUCUCGGCAAAGUUAAUAUAUUUGUAAUGUGCUCCCUACUCCUUUAUAUCUUUUCGGUGUGUUGCCUUUAAUUCCCUUAUUUUUUGAAUAAAAUAGCCGAACUUGAAAACUCCUUACUCGAUCAAUAAAAUAGUGGGCAAAGACGGAUGACAAGGAAAUUUUAGCCCUUUCUCUUGUUGAAAAUUGUAUUCCAGGUUCGCUAAAGCAUUACUUUGGUGAAGGUAGAUUUUUUAUUUUUUAUUUUUUAUUGUUUUUUUUGUGAGAGGCUUGAAGAGCAGAUGACAAGACAUUGUUAAUCAUGGAAUCAGAAAAAAGAAAAUAUUUUUUUAUGUCCUAAAUGCAGAUGUGUGGAUUUUUUUUUAUGUGUUUUAAAUUUUUGGGACCUUCUUCUUUUCAUUAAAAUUUCAUUAGCCCUUCAUCAAGGGAAGACUAGUACAGUUUCUUCAAAUAUACGGAUAAACCCCUUCCAUCAAGUGUUAGUAUCUUUUCCCCUAAACUAUUGCGCCCUUUAGACAUUGAGCAAUCACAAAGUAUGUCCCUUCUGUUCAUUAGAACAGGGUAUGUGGCUAAGUUAAUUUUUCUCUUUCAUUCAUUAGGUAACAGGCUUUAAUUAUUUUAUUUUCUCUUCAUUCAGUUUGCACCGCUGCCAGAUCUAGUCAUAAUUACAAAAGAGUAUUUUUUCAAUGUCUUUUCAUUUCUAUUCUAUUAAGUUUGUAUCAGUCAACUGCUUAUUUUUAUCAAAAGAGUCACUUCAUUUCUGUUCAACAAUCCUUUUACUCCCAUGGAAAUAGAAAGACAUUUUUCGAAUCCUUAAGCGGUAGAUUUGACCCAUAGAAAUCACAAAUUUAUGAGUUUUCAUGAUACUUCCUUCUAAAAUUUUUAUUUGUCUGUAAAAAUUGAAGGUAGCCCAAAAAAAAAUUUUGCUUACUCCAACUCAACAUUUAUUUAAAGGCCCGGGUAAUGAAGAAAGUUACAGAUUUUAUUUUAAUUCUAAAGUGCAGCAUAGGCGGAUCCAUGGGGGGCGUAAGGGCUAUACACUCCCCCCCCCCUCUUUGCCCAAGAAAGGAGGGAGAUAAAGGGAAGAAAGAAAGAAAGAAGGAAGGAAUGGAGAAAGGAAGAGGGAAGGACAUUUACAUUUGGAAUUUAUUCCCGACAAAAUUGACGCAAACUGCAGAUUAGGUGCUUUAAAAUUUCAAAAAUUUUCAGAAUUCCACACUAUGAAAACCAAAGAUAGAGCUGCCAAGUGAACCUGUGAACAUUUUGAAUACAUGAUUCCGAGAUGUCCUUACUCUGCUAGUAAAGCAGCUCUAGUUACCAUUGCUGGUCACUUUUAUUGUGUGAAUUAUAAAGCUAACCUGGAAAGAUAUAAUCCAACCUCAAAUGGUGGUAAUAAAGUGAAUCUCAGAUAUUUAGCAGUUCCUCUUAUUUCUAACUUCAGUCAUAGUUUAAUAAAAUGACAAUUUAUUGGAUUGCAUCUUUUUUAAAGGCUUAUUAAUACAUUUGAAGUAGAGUGUUCAAAUGACUAGGUAUUCUUCAAUUCCCUUCCCCCAUUCCCACAGGACAGAUUUAUGUGUACAAGUUAAUGCAGCAAAUAAGUAGAACAUCUACCUAGCCCUCAGGGAAAGGUUCAAAAAUGCAUCUAUGUUUGAGUAAUUCUUAAUGAAUGGCAUCUUUAUUUUAUAUAUUUUCAUUAAAUAAAAUGGUACAAAUGAAGGUAAAUUCUUCAUUAAAGAAACUGAUUCUUGAAAUCUUUUUGCAGGUUUUUUUUCUCCUCUUUUUUCUUCUUUUUUUUGGGGGGGGGGGGGUUCCUUAGUGCCGUUUUCUUUAGAGCCUCUAUUUAUUGGUCCAAUGAAAAGCAAUAACUUCUGUGCUGAGGUCUGAUUUCCCCCAAAUUUCUCAUGUUUGGCUAUUCUCAGUCGCAAAAGAAUCUCACGUAGCAUUUCAUUUGCUUUUCACGUGCCUUCAAAAAUGUAGGGAAUUAAAGGAAAAUACCCCCGGAGUGAAAGUUUGAUGUAAAUUUUUGUACUUGCUUUCAAAAAGUUCCGGCUUUGAUAAAUUGGUUUCCAACAUUUUAAUAUUAUUCCUUUAUCCUGUCUGUUUUUUUUUGUUUUAUUGCUAUUAGUAGUCCUUCCCUUGUUCUCAUUAUUUCGUAACUUCCCUGUUCCUCUAAACUCGUGGGUUCUCAAAGACAGUCUUCUCAGCCUUCUUAUCAAAACAGGCCUGGCACCCUAGCUUAUCAGUUCUCUGAAAAUCUUGUAUUUCUGUGUUGUCACUGAAGGAAGAGGAGUUUAAACAAAGGUUUUCACUCUAACUUCUCUCACUUGCAUGCAAAAAAUCUUUGUUCUAGAGUGAUAUUUUUUGCUUUUACUUCACUCUACUGGGCAAAAAAGUAAACUUACUACUGGAUUCUGUGAGAGAAUAACCUCCAACAGCCAAUUUUUAAUUCCUCAGUCCUUCAGUGUUGGAAGCCUUGUCACUGAAGUUGCCCACAGCCAAACACACCUGUGAAUUAUUUUUAUACAUAAAUAUUUCAAUAGUGUUGUAAAUUUCUGUAAUACGUGUGAAUGUUUCAUCCAAAUUAAUUUUAAGCCAGUGGUAUAUUUAAUAAUGUCAGUAUUGUUUAUACUUAAGAAUUAAUAAAAACACUUUUAAAAGUA